AUGCAAUCGGAUAGGCCCGUGAAAGUCCCUACAAAUUGGACUGCAACAUUAUCUCCAACAAAUGGUAAUUCAACUUGUCUGCCAUCAGCAUGUAUUAGCCGUAGUGUUGGUGGUAAAUCAUUAUGUUCUUCAAAUUUGGAUUGUGAAUGUUUUACACUGACGAACAGUGCAACAACGGGAAUCUGUGCUGUAGCAGAUCUAGUGUGCUCGAAUGUUAUCAGAUGUAAUUUAGAUAAUAUUACAUGUUCAACACCAAAUACAAUUUGUGUUAAUAAUACACGGUGUCAUCAGCCCGUCUUUUAUUCAUUAGCAUUUGCUUCUACACAGCUAUGUCCACCAUAA